AUGCAUUACCUUUUUGCCUUGAUAAACUUUUUAUCACUAGUAUCAGCCUUCGCUUUAGGGGGUGUUGUAGCGUUCUUCCCAGAUGCACCGGGUCAAGACAAACCAAUCCCUGGUGGUUCCCCAUUAUUCCAAUGUGACACAGUUGAGAAACAACUGCUUAAGAUCGAAAAUAUUGUUCUAUCACCUAAUCCGCCAAUUCGUGGCGAAAACUUGACAAUUUCCGCUGUCGGUGAGCUACUUGAAACCGUCGACGAAGGCUCCUAUAUUGACGUCGAAGUUCGUCUGGGUUACAUCAAACUGUUGAGUCAAACGUACGACCUGUGUGAAUCUCUGGAAGAAAAUGACGUUGAUGGUUUGACUUGUCCGUUGUCAUCCGGUCAGUACAGCUUAGUCAAGGAAGUCGAAGUCCCUGCUGAGGUUCCACCCGGAAAAUACGUCAUCGUAGCUAGAGCGUAUUCUGCCGGUGAUGAUCUGAUUACCUGUGUUACUGGUGAGGUAACUUUCCCCGCUGCUUAG